CCAUCACGAAACACUCUAAUUUUCACACACACAAAUCACAAAGAGGUCCAACGCUACUAAAAGAGGAAUGUCAAGAAAGAAUUCAAUGAGAAGCCGGAGGGCAUGGGACGUGCUCCGGCUAGCUCUGCUGUGGGCCCGGAGGGGCGGCGCAUUCAGAAACCGGAUGGCGAUAAACAUGCAGCUGCUGCAGAAGGGGAUCAGGAAGCUCCGACACUCUCACCACCACGGGACGCCGCCGGGUGCGCUCGUCUACGGCGAGCGUGAGCUGUCAUUCGACGACACUCCGGUGAUACACGUCAAGAUGCACCGCCCUGCCUCGCUCCGAUUCAUGAUCCCAUGCAUCAAGCCCCAAGUGGACUUCGACUACGAUUUCGACUUUGACGAUGACGAGAUUUAUGGCUACGGCGGCGCUGCCGAGGAGGAGGAGGAAGAAGAAAAGGUGAUUGGAAUUGGCGAAGAAUGUGACGAAGAAGUUGAUUUGAAGGCGGAGGAAUUUAUAGCUAAUUUUUAUAAGCAGAUGAAGCUUCAGAGGCAAAUAUCGUAUUUGCAGUAUCAUGAAAAAAGAUCUACAAAUUGAUCUAAUUGGAGUUGUGCUGUUUCAGUUAUCCAUUGCGGAUGGAUUUUGUUUUGCCAAUUUUUGGAUUCUUUUGUCGUAUUUUUGUAGAUAUACAUUUUGCAGAAAAUAAGUACUGGAAUUCUUUUGUUGUUUUUCUCAUAAGCUCUCGGUAUAGCAGCAGCCAGAAAAUCAGCAUAUAUUAUGAAAUUCAAUAUUUGUAAUAGGACUCCAUAUGUUUUGAAAUAAAAUAUUUGUGCUCAUAUUGUUACAUAUAA